AUGGGAGGUGAUGUGCCGUGGCCGCAGGUUCCUGUGGGCAACAAGGACCACACCGAGGCAGCCGUGGUCAUCAUCGGAGCCGGGAUUUCGGGCAUGUGCACCGCAAUCGAUCUGAUCAAAAGGAACAACUGCAGGAACUUUAUCAUCCUAGAGAAAAGCGGUGGGCUUGGUGGCACCUGGCGAGACAACAAGUACCCGGGAUGCUGCUGCGACGUCUGGUCACAUCUGUACAGCUACUCCUUCGAACAGAACCCGGAUUGGACCAGGGAGUAUCCCGGACAGGAGGAGAUCUUGCAGUAUCUUAUGGGUGUCGCACAAAAGUACGAGCUAUACCGAUAUGUUCGCUUCAACACCGCUGUCGAGUCCGCGAAGUGGGACGACGCAGAAAAAAAGUGGAAGACAACCGUGUCUGUUCAAGGAGUCAAAGAUGCCGAGUUCGGGAGCACAUAUACCAUCACCUCCGACUUCCUAGUUUCUGCUGUCGGGCAGUUGAACGUGCCGAGACUGCCAGACAUUCCAGGUGUUGACGACUUCCGGGGCAAAAUCAUGCACAGCGCCCGUUGGGACUGGAGCUAUGAUUUGCGAGGGAAGAAAGUCGCCAUCAUUGGCAAUGGGGCCACGGCUGCACAGAUUAUUCCAGAGAUUGCCAAAGAGGUCAGCCAUCUCACCAUCCAUCAGAGGACACCCAACUGGGUCAUUCCUCGCCUUGACUCGCCCAUUCCACAGUGGAAGAGGAGUGUUUACAAGUAUCUCCCCUUUGUCCGAUGGCGGAAGCGAGCCGAUAUGAUGGAUUUUCGGGAAGGCUUUCAUGCGGCCGUCUUUGACAACGCAUCGGCGACAGCACAAUUCCUCGAGGUACAAAGCAAAGAUCAUCUCCACGCCCAACUUCCAGACCGACCCGACUUGUGGGAGAAGCUUCAGCCGAAGUACUCGAUUGGUUGCAAGCGCGUCAUCAUCAGUGACGAUUACUUCCCUGUGUUCCUUCGCGACAAUGUCCGAUUGGAAACUGGCAAAAUCGACAAGAUCACCGCCAACGGCAUUGUCACCGAGGGCCAGGAGGAGGAUUACGAUCUCAUCGUUCUCGCUACAGGGUUCCGCACGGUCGAGUUCAUGCAUCCCAUUGACAUCACGGGCAGCGCCGGCCGUACUUUGAGCAGCAUCUGGAAGGAGGGUGGACAAGCUCUGUACGGUGUGACCGUCGAGAGUCUCCCCAACUUCGGCAUGCUCUACGGCCCAAACACGAACCUGGGACACAACAGCAUUAUCCUCAUGAUCGAGACGCAGAGCAAAUACAUUAACACCCUGAUCAAAGAAGUCAUUGAUGCCCGGAGAAACGGUGGCAGCUUAGCGAUCCAGCCUAACCCGACGAAGGUCCAACAGUACAACGAUGAAAUCCAGUCGGAGCUCGAGAAGAGCAGUUUUGCGGACCCAAACUGCAACAGCUGGUACAAGGUCAAGGAAAGUGGUAAGAUUACCAACAACUGGAGUCGCACGGUCGUCGACUAUCAAAAGCUUCUGAGCAAUGUUGACUGGUUGGAUUAUGAUCUUUCUGGAACUUCUGCAGAUAAAGUAGCGAAGCAAAAGCGUACGCACAUCGGGCGGGUUGUUGAAGAGUCGCGGGUUAGCUAUCAGACCAUGGGUCUGACGGCUCUGAGCUUAGCAGCAGUAGGCGUAGGCGUCGCUCUUCGUCACACAGGCAGGCUUCGGCUCAGAUGA